AAGAAAAGUUAGUGAGAGAGAGAGAGAGAGAGAGAGAAAGAGAGGGAGAGAACAAGAUAGAGAGAGAUUGUGUAGAUGAAAAAGGAAAGUUGGGUGUGUCAUGUGCUUGUGAAGUCUUUACCCUUCCACUGAUUGUAAGCCAAAAAAAGACUGAAGAAUCAUUCUAUCCCCACUUCACCUACUGUCCAACACCCUUUCUGUAUAGAACCUUUUUUUUGGUAUUCUUGGUAGAGUCUUGUUCUCACCAGAUCAGACCUAAAAUCACUUUUUCCCCAUAUUUAGCCCUAUUGUCCUCACCUCGACUCACCCCUAUUAUCCCUAAAACCUUUUCUGGGUUUUUUUUGCCUAUUUUGUGUGUUUGUGUGUGUGGAGAUAUGGUGAGAGGGAAGACUCAGAUGAGGAGGAUAGAGAACGCUACAAGCAGGCAAGUCACCUUUUCCAAAAGGAGAAAUGGGCUUCUGAAGAAGGCAUUUGAGCUCUCGGUUCUCUGCGAUGCUGAGGUUGCUCUCAUCAUCUUCUCUCCUAGGGGAAAGCUCUAUGAAUUUGCUAGUUCAAGCAUGCAGGAGACGACACAGCGCCAUCAGAGGCAUACAAAAGAUGUUCAAACUGACAACUCAUCAGUGGAAGAAAACAUGCAGCAUUUGAAGCAUGAGGCAGCAGACAUGGCAAAGCAGAUAGAACUUCUUGAAGUUGCAAAAAGGAAACUCUUGGGAGAGGAUCUGGGGUCAUGCACCAUGGAAGAACUGCAGCAAAUUGAACAACAGUUGGAGUGGAGUGUAAGCAGAGUCCGGGCUAAAAAGAUGGAGGUUUUCAUGGAACAGAUUGAUCAACUUAAGGAAAAGGAGAAAGUCCUAACUGCUGAAAAUGCAAAGCUCUGUGAGAAGUAUGGCUUGUUACCGCGACAAGAAUCAAACGAAGAGAGAGAAAUUGUGCCAUACACAGAAAGCAGUGAGAUUUCAGACGUAGAGACUGAUCUGUUUAUUGGACCCCCAGAAGGGAGAAUCAAGCGUGCUUCGCCUCAGAAGUAAACAACAACUUGCAAUUGUGCAGCAUACAUAUAUCUACAUAUUUAUGAUCAUAGUCAUUUCCAUAUAUUUUGUAUGUCUAACUGUAAAAUUGUUGCUGCCACUGAAGUAUUUUGGCCUUGCUCAAGCAAUAAUGUGCUUUAUAUUGAGUGCAGCAUUUUGCUCAUUGCAACUUUAAUCUAUCUAUGUAUCUAUGUAUCUAUGUCAUUGGAUAUGGUCCAAGAAUAAUACUGCAAUAUCAUAUCCUGAUGUAUAUUUUGCAGCACUAUGCUUCCUCAAUAAUCUUUUUAUUUUUUUUAUUUUUUAAAA